ACGAAGAGGAUGCGACAUGGCGAGCGAGAGAUCAGUUGCUCCUUCACAUGUUCCCAGGACAGGCCAGGCCAGGCCAGCGGCAGCAACUGCAACGGGACCAGAAGAUUGUCUAAUUCUUGGAUUUGGAGCGCGAGAAGAGAGUGAGGCGGAGGCAUGGCAGCCAUGGCGGUCAGCUUGGCUUCGGCCAUGAGCAAUGUGAGCUUGGGAGCGCCUUCCUGUUCCGGCCUGAGAACUGCCUCGUCCUCCACUCCGAGCGUCUCGCUCGCUCUUCCCUCCACCGGCUACAAGAGGGUACAAGGCUUGCCUUAUUUGAGUAUUAGAUGCGCCCGUGUGGGAGGAGUUGAGGUGCCAAAUGCCAAGAGGAUAGAGAUUUCCUUGCAGUACAUUCAUGGAAUCGGCAAGACCACUGCUCGCCAGAUUUUGCUUGAUGUCGAGUUGGAGAACAAACACACCCGAGACCUUUCUGAGGAGGAACUCACCAAGCUUCGUGAUGAGGUGUCCAAGUACAUGAUUGAAGGAGAUUUGCGGCGAUUCAACACCCUUGCCAUCAAGAGGUUGAAAGAUAUCCAGUGUUACAGGGGAAAGAGACAUAUCAUGGGUCUUCCUUGCAGAGGACAGCACACCAAGUGUAAUGCCCGUACUAGGAGAGGCAAGAAGGUGACAGUAGCCGGAAAGAAGAAGGCUCCUGGGAAGUAAGCUGAGUUAGUUCAUAGUUUUCACCUUAUUUUUUAAAAUUUUAAGGAUGUCGUCCAUCUGAAUGGGAUGUUUCAGUGAUAAUGUGCAUUGUCGCGGAAGUGACUGCAAACCCAUGAAUUACUUGAAUUUUGUCUGGGAUA